AUGGGGCAAAGGCAAAGCAAGCAGGUCUGGGCACUCGGGCAGACCAUAACCCACCAUCAACAUGCCAAUCCGGCCCCUUCCCCCGCCCCGAUUUCUUUCGUUUCAGCAUCCGGCUUGAAGCCACGUCCGGCGAUCCCACCCCCCAUCCGUCAUCGCAGCCAGAUAUUCCAGCACAGUCCGGCUCUCACGACCCCAACCGAGAUCGAAGACCUCACACAGGCCCUAGCAGCCCUGACGAUCCAACCGACAACGCCACAAAAGCGCAAGCACGCCCCUCCCGACCCGGUCCGCCAGACCAAGAAGCGACGCAAGCUCAGCGGCAGCCCCGUCGCUCUCCCCGGUUCGCGGAUCCGGGGCACGGCCCCGCAUCGCACAUCGAUUCCUUCGUUUCCGAGGAGCCUGCUGCCGCGGAGGACGGCGUACGUCCCGUCGACGGUGCUGCGGCGGGUGACGAUGCCGCUGGCGAGGCGGUAUGCUGUUGAGAUGGAGCUGGAUCCACCGCAGCCGGUGGUUGUUUUGUAUCGGUGGCCGGGCGAGGGUGGUGGGUGCGGCGCGGGGGAGGGGCGGCCGCGGCAGCUUGGACUGGGGGAUCACUGCGAACGGGAGCUGCUGCUGCUGCGGGAUCCGUGGAUGGAUGGAGGUGAGGAGAUUUCUGGGGGAGGGGGCGAGAGUGGUGCUUGUCAGGACGGGAUGACGGAGGAGCAGAGGGCGGAGCUCAAGAGGGAGAUUUUGGAGAUGAUGUGGCAGGGACUAGCCAGAUGUCCAUGUGUCCGAAACGAUAGUGGAAUCGGCCUCGGUGAUGCCAUGCCCACCUACAGAAGCCCUCUUGUUACCUUAUCUACCAAGGUGCCUCACCUGUCAUUCCACAGCAUCAACCCACUCGUGCUCAACGUCGAACCCGUCAUGACACAAACUUCGCCUCCGCCUCAAGAGCCUGGUGCCUGGCCCCAGCACAAAUUAUUCUGGUUGUUAACCGCCGAGAUCACCUCUUGCUCAAGCUCUCUUGACGUUGCUGAGGUAGAGAAUGAGAAGUAUGCUGAAGCCCGCGAAGCCGCCGUACAAAUUCUAUUGGCACUUCGAGACGAGAGCUUUCUGCCUUGGCACAAGUUCCCACGGCCGAAGGAACGACGUGAUCUCAUCCGAAAAGCUCUGCCGUCUGUUUUUUCAAAAGGGAACGAAGGUGUCGUCAGUUACUUUCGGAUCGUCAAAGAAUGGUUGGAUCGGUUCCCUAAACUCCCAAAUAAUGCGCACCAUGAAAAAUGGCAGGCACACCUCCUCACACAACCUGCCCUGACUAUAUGGCUUGAUCUCAGGGCGGCACUCGUAAGAAGGGGAUUCCAGAUAAGUGAUACCGAGUAUCCCCAAAACCACAUCUCGCUCUCAACCGAACGUUUUGGUCUACGCUCCGACCUUCUGCCUCUGAAUGCCAGGAUCACCAACAAUAACCCCGGCGGUACACACGCCUUCGUUGGCAACCUGAAGCGCCCACUGCCUACAGCAAGCAGCCCAACACCUCGACUUUCUCAAGUCGUCAAGACAAAUGAGCGUGCUGCAUCAGCUCCACUGACCGAGGGGUAUGACUUGAUGUCUUUUACGCCAUUUGAGAAUAUUGGUCAUUACAGACCGUCUCAAAUUGCAAACCAUGCAGAUGCAGAACACGUUGAAUAUAGUCCCAGGAAUGACGAUACAUCCCCUCAAGGCGCAGAGGCUCGCAGACUUCCAUGCGUCACCAACGCAACGACAGUCCCUGUCAAAGCCCAGACCAUCACCUCAAGCGCCAACAAAGGCAGUUCCAGAGAUAUCCGGAACCCCACUGUCGAAACCAUCGCCGGUGCUUCACAACCACAGUUUUCCCUCAACGAUUUCCUGAACCUCCAGGUAGCUUCAACAAUCUUCAGAGGUCAGCCUGGCGCCGGAGGGUUCCGGCACGCCACUAUCAUGGAGGUUCUCAAAGAUCAGGAGAGGAAAGCGAGGGGUGCAUCUCCCGCGACCACAACACUUGCGAUAUCCCCAGUUCGGGUCGUUGCCUCGAUUCAGCCGGAUUCGACACUCGUGGUCCAAACUCAACGCGAAGUCAAGGCAGCGUUAGACGGGGCAAUGCUAGCCGGGAAACGAAAGGUCGCGGGUGACUUGGCUCAUAGCCUUCUUUCCAUGGUCUGA